GCGGCCCCGGACAGGAAGCAGUGGUCGGAAAAGUUUACCGCCUUCUCUGUUGUGUCACUUUCUCACUGUACGUUCUUACCACUAAUAUUUAUUUUUCCUAAUCCACCAUGAGGCGUACACGAAGUUCGAGAAGUAAUAAAAGUCAGAGUGUACAAGAAAAUGAAGAAGUCCAGUCGAAAACAGUUUGGCAGUGGAAAGGAGAUGAAGGACAGUGGGAACCAUACUCUCCUUCAGCCUGUGCCUUGUUGGACUCCGCUGUCUCUUCAGGAACAACUUCCGUCACCCUGUCUCCGGGCUCUGGGACGUCCUACGAAGUCGACCUGAAGAAAAUGGUCCAGAUUAAUCCUGUCACCAAGUACAAGAGGAACAUUCGCUCUCAGACAGUAAAACCAGAAAGUUUGACUGAUGCUGGUGACUUGACUGCUGAAGAAGAGACCAUGGUUGUCGUUAAAGAGGAAGAGGAGGAGACGGAGAAGCAGCCUGCAGCUAAGAGGAAGAGAGGGCAGAGCAAGAGUCAGACAAAAAGUGAAAAAAUCCCCAAAGAAGAAAUAAAAAGCGACGAAGUUGUGAGGACGGUGGUCAUGAAGGGAAAAGCUCCUGUGGACCUCGAAUGUAAAGCCAAACUGGGAAAGGCUCAUGUCUACAGUGAAGGAAAGGAUGUUUACGACGUGAUGCUUAAUCAGACGAAUCUUCAGUUUAACAACAACAAGUACUACCUGAUCCAGCUGCUGCAGGACGACAACUCCAAGGCUUACAAUGUGUGGUUGAGGUGGGGCAGAGUGGGAAAAGUGGGUCAAAACGGUCUGACAGCCUUCGGUGGAGACCUGGUGAAAGCCAAAGAUUUCUUCAAGAAAAAGUUCUUGGACAAGACCAAGAAUGAGUGGGAAGACCGGGAGAGUUUUGAGAAAGUGGCUGGAAAAUACGACAUGGUCUACAUGGACUACAGCGGCGAUAAAAAGGAGGAGAACCAGACUACGGUGGAUGCUGCAACCAAAAAGAAGACCUCCAAGCUGGAUGAGAAGAUCCAGUCGCUCCUGGAGCUCAUCUGUGACAUCAAAGCCAUGGAGGAGUGCGUGCUGGAGAUGAAGUUUGACACCCGGAAAGCUCCUCUUGGCAAACUGACCUCAGAGCAGAUCCGUGCAGGCUACACGGCACUGAAGAAAAUCGAGGAGUGUUUGAAGAAGAAGGGCGGCAAUCGUGAGCUGCUGGAGGCAUGCAACCAGUUCUACACGCGCAUCCCUCAUGACUUUGGGUUGAAAACUCCUCCAAUCAUUCAUACUGAAGAUGAGCUGAAGGAAAAGAUUGCGCUGUUGGAGGCUCUGAGUGACAUUCAGAUAGCAGUGAAAAUGGUUGAGUCCAGUAAAGACAGUGACGAACAUCCUCUGGACCAACAGUACUGCUCCCUCCAGUGCCAACUGCAGCCUCUGGACUCCAGCAGCAACGAGUACACGGUGAUAGAAAAGUAUCUACAGUCCACUCACGCCUCCACCCAUCGUGACUACACCAUGACUGUCCUCGACAUCUUCUCAGUGGACCGAGCCGGGGAGAGGAACAACUUCCUCUCACAGAUGCACAACAGGACUCUGUUGUGGCACGGUUCCCGCCUAACUAACUGGGUCGGCAUCCUCAGCCAGGGGCUCCGAGUGGCCCCACCUGAAGCCCCCGUCACUGGUUACAUGUUUGGAAAAGGUAUCUACUUUGCCGACAUGUCGUCAAAGAGUGCCAACUACUGCUUUGCCAAUCAGAACAACCACGUGGGAUUGCUGUUACUGAGUGAGGUCGCUCUGGGAGACUGUAACGAGCUGCUGGACGCCGACUAUGAGGCCAAAAAUCUGCCGGCUGGAAAACACAGCACCAAGGGCCUUGGACAGACCGGACCGGACCCCAAGCACUCUGUCGAUCUGGAUGGUGUGAUUGUGCCUAUGGGGCCGGGGGUGAAGACGGGGGUGGGUAAAAACAGCUGUUACUCCCUCCUGUACAACGAGUACAUCGUUUACAACCCUGCCCAGACUCGCAUGAGGUACCUGCUGCGGAUCAAGUUCAACUACGCUUCACUGUGGUGAGGUCGUGCCGAACACAGCGGACGUGUGAAAUCUGGAGAUUUCGAGGGAUUUUCUUUCCACAAAGUGGGAACUUUGGUUUCCUGAGCAAUGUCAAAAUACUUGCUGCUUUUCUUUGUCACAUCUCAUAUAUUUGGGGUUUUAUCUGUUGAAUUAAGAAACAUUUCUAUUUCAUAUGAAUUAGUUGAGGCCGAUGAUGGUGAUGAUGAUGAUGGUGAUGGUGAUGAUGUCCACAGUGGUGUUCGAUGGAUCCAGAGUUUAAACAACUGACUCCAACAAAGUCCUUUUUCUUCAAUGGGUUUUCUCUCGUGCAGCGUUGCAUCCUGGUUCUUUUGGACCCUGUCGAAUGAUUUCUGAAUAACACUUUGUGAGUCCAGUGAACUAUGAUGAGGCUGAAAGAUGAAUUCAUGUAAUCCCACAAAAUAUGCUCAACAUUUUUGCACUAUUUCUUUUUUCUAUGAUUCUUUCUGUGCGUACGUCCUCGUAUCGAUGUAAGCUGUAUUGUAUUGUGGUUUGUUCUGUGCUUUGGAGCUGUAUGAAACACUAACAGCCUUGUGGAUCUAUUGAAUAUCAGCGUCUGACUUUACUGACAACAUAAUCAUUUAAAAGUUCUUUUAGCAGGUUUGAGAAUUUAUACUGAAUAAUGACCUAAACUCUGUUGAAUGCGUCUUAUUGAAACUGGAUUCUUUCAUUUGUUUUGAUAAACAUUUCUGUAUUAUUUCAUUGUCAGUUAAAACAGUUACAGUAUAUACAUAGUAAUAAUAAUAAAGUACAUGUGUGUGUACA